UUAUAGAGUACCAAGAUAUGAGUUUGUCUUGAGAUUUCGAAUUUUGAAUUUAACGUUAGUUUAGGAUGAGUCGAGGUGUAUCUUAUAAAAUGUCACAAAGAAGAGAUAAAAAUGUACAGAUUGUGUUUCAAAAAAGAGCGACAAGAAUUAAUAGAGAAGAUGAAAUUGAUCAUGAAGAUGCUUUAUCUACACAUAGAAAUACUCCAACACCUUUGUCAUUAAAAAUCGUUAGAAGGAACUCACCAGCCAAAACACCUGGGCCUUCAACAAGUAGAGAGAACUAUAACUCCCCAGGACUCACAAAAUUCGGAAAACCUCAUUCCAAAUUUCUCCAGAAAUAUUUUGAUUUGAGGGCUCAGACUGUUCAUAAGCUUCGUGAAAGAAAGCCAGUAGACACCAGGAGAAAUUCCCUUACCAACAAGCCCAAAUAAGGGGUGAAAGACUGAUUCCAAAGUAGUCCCUAAGAAUGGCAAGAUAUCAAUUCUAUUAUUUAGAAUUAUUCAGGAAUAAAGAUAAAUAGGGUCAAACCUCCAACUCCUCAGGACUUGCCCAGUGAAGA